AUGGAAUUAGUUUUGCAAUUUCUUCCGGCUGAUAAAAAAAAAGAAGUUUAUCAAAAACUAAAAGAAAGUUAUAAGGAUACUUUGACAAUUAUGAAAAAAGGAAUUCACUUACCAAUUCAGCAAAUAAUUAUCACUUGUUUAGGUUGUAAUCAACAAUAUCAAACCGUUUCAACUGUAACCAAUGAAAUCAAAAUUGAUAGUUGCCAUAAAAAUUAUCCUCGCAAUGUUAGUGAGGAAAAAUUUGCCAGUGCUAGAAUUGAGGAGCCUGACCGAACCAUCGACGAAUUUGCCACUCGCUAUCAGAAAAAAUUUAAACUUCUGAGCACCAAAGACGAACCCAACGACGAAGCUCGGUAUAUGUUUUUAACCCCAGAAGAUGCAGAAUUUCUCUCCUCGCUUGAAAUGGAAUACAGUCGCAUGGAUUUUGGUAAUGCGUUUCUUUCUCGGGCUGCUCCAACUAGUAAUUCUCAUCGUGCAAUGCUAGUUCGUCUUUAUGAGUGUUGGGAGCAGGAUGAAUUUUUUAUGGGAAAAUUAGUGCUGGAAAAGAAAGUUCUAACGAGGUUAAAAAAUAAUAAGGAUUAUAGUUCAAGAGAAAAAAGAAAGGUUGGCGAAAGGAGAUUAGAAGAAGAGGAAAUAAAUGAAUACCCCGGUUUAGAGGGUGAUUUGAAUUUAAGGGAAUUUACGAAGUUGGAGGAAGUGCAUUUGCCCGGUUUCCGUCUCACCGGAUUAUUAUUAUCAGAUAGUGUUUACGGCGAACUCGAAAAUCUGACUACUAUUAAUUGUCAAAAAAAUCGGCUCCAAAGUUUAAAUCUCGAUUUUUGUCCCAGUUUGAAAACCCUAAAAUGUUCUGAUAAUAAUCUCACGAGUUUGGAUUUAAAAAAUAACCAAAAGUUAAUUUCUCUUGAUUGCAGUAAUAACUCCAUCAACCAACUAAUUUUUCCUUCUAAUUCGUUUUUAGCAACAAAGUUGUCCGGAAAAAACCAAUCACCCCAGGAAAAUGAUUUCAGUGGCUUGUUAGCCAGUUUUGAAGGUUGUGGUAAUUUAGAACUUAUGGUGGCGGAGCAAUUGGCCAAAGUAUCGAGAGAAACCGACGGAGAAAAAGAAGCAAGAGAAGCAGCUGAAAAGAAAGUAAAAGAAUUAGAAAUUCAAAUUGAGAAAGGUAUUGAGGAAUUGGCUGCCCACAAAAUAGCAGAGCGAGAAAGAAAGAUUGCUAAUUUGGAAACUAAAAAUCAAAACUUAACAAAAGAUUUAAACUCACAGGAAGAAAAAAUUAAUUCUCUCCGUGUGAAACUAGUCGAGCAAGAAAGCAACGCCAGCAGCGCCGCUAAAACUACACAAGAAAAGGAAGUAAUAAAACAGAAAGAGAUAGAAAACUUGGAAACGGAAAUAAAGAAAUUACGGCAGGAAAUAAUUGACUUAAAAAAGAAAGAAAAAGAAGAAACAGUGGAAAAAGUAAUUGAAAAGUUGGUAGAAGUUGAAGACGCAAAAGUUCAAACCGAACAGUCGGAGCCAAAAAAUCCAGUCAGUCCAACCACCACUAGCCAACUAUCUCCUUAUUCUGACGGUUCUUCUAUGCUUAAUCCAAGCAGCAAUAUUGAUUUUUCCACGGAGGAAGAUAAAAUAACUACCGCCUUAAUAAAAAAAUUAUCAGAGUUGACUGAAAUUGGAUUAAGAGGGAUAGAAAAGGAAAAAGAAGUCAUGGAGUUAAGACGAAAGUUGUUCCAAAUAGAACGAGCCAAGAUUAACAAACGCUGUGAGGAAAAAACACACAAGAAUGAGGUUCUUGCCAGCGAGGGUUCGAAUCCCUCGUCCCGUACCAAAAUAAUCGCCAAUGAAGAAGACUUUUCUCCGGCCGAGGAAAGAAAAGAAAAUAUUAUUAUUAUUUCCACCACACCGCCGCCAAGUCGCCAAUUUAUUACUGUUAAUCAACUUAGUUUUUCCAAUUUGCCUGUUCCAAUAUGCGGUCUUGCAAAUCAAACAUUAUUUUCCGGUCUUUAUCUUCUUCGUGGUUGUAGCCUAGCAAAUGAAGUAAGCCGUGAAGAAACAAGAAACAAAUCUCUUGGGAUAAAGAGUAGCCAAUUUCUUUCUGGUAGUUAUAAUAAAAAGGAAAAGCCAGAACGUCCGUAG